AUUUUCGCUUAUAAAUCGACAGCGGUGACUGGCAUUUCUCCAACCUAGCAAUUCAUUCUCAAUCUUGACUCUCAACGAAUUUUUGAACGCUUUCUACAAGUCAGUUUUGAAUUGUUUUUCCCUGUACGAAAUUUAUCCGAACGCUUUAAUCAUGUCUCAUCACGAAGAGAAAUUCGAACGUGUGGAGGAGCGCACAGUGGACCCGUCGCGCGGUCUGCAGGAGGUGCGCGUCGGGAUGGACACCGGCCACGGCGAUCCCGCGCUCAACUUCCAGCCCACCGAUGCCACACUGGUCAAGGGCAAGACUGUCGUCACUGGAGCCGAUGCGGCGGGAUUGACAACCGGAGCCACGCAGUAUUCCUCCGCCGCCACGGCGCAAUCCGGAACGCGCACGUUUGAAGCCGAAAAGAACACGUCCUACACUCACACUGAGGUGCGUGCGCCGCUCAUUGCGCCGAUGGCACCCAUCAUCUCCACCGGCUCGGCUGGUCUUGCGCAGGAAGUCAUUGGCGAAGGCUUCACCGCUUCCGCUGCCCGUGUAACGGCUGGUUCACAGGCUGGCACCGUUGUGGAAACCGCUGAGAUGCGCGAGAAGGCCCUGAAGGACCAGGAACAUUAUCAGCGCGAGAAGGAAGCCAUUGCCCGAUCUCAUGAGAAGGAACUCGAGAAGAAGACCGAUUCCUACCGGAAAGAAGCCGAGGAAGAGGCCGAGAAAAUCCGCAAGGAGCUUGAGAAGCAGCACGCCCGCGAUGUGGAAUUCCGCAAGGAGAUGGUCGACACCACCAUUGAGCGCCAGAAACGCGAGGUGGAACUGGAGGCCAAGUAUGCCAAGAAGGAGCUGGAGCACGAGCGCCAGCUGGCCCAGGACGCCUUGGACAAGAGCCGCAUGGCCACCAACAUCGAAGUGUCCAUGGAUACCGCUGCUGGGCGCACUGUGAGCGGCGGUACGACUGUCUCCGAAUCCGUGACCACUCACCACGAAGUUCACGAGAAGGAGAAGAAGUCCCUGGGCGAGAAGAUCAAGGACACCUUCCUGGGCCGCUAAGCGCGCGUCGCGGCGGUUCCGUUUGGGGAUUCCGCUUUUUAUUACUCGUAUGCGUGGACGCAGCAGGCCCCGCUCCUGCGCUUUGGCACAUUCUUCCCCCCUUGGUUUCCUUUAUUAAUUGUAAUCUCUCUCUAAUUGACGUGCUGUAUCACUGGGUCGUCGUGUUAUCCUGUUUCACAAUAAUUGCCAAAUGAUCGAAUUUUGGCUGCUUUGGUGUUCGUACCGGCACAGGUGGUUUGCAUCAAACUUGUGGACUAUUUUUUUAUACGUUUAACCGAUUCGGUUGUCUGGCUGUUUGCGUUUUUUGUGUCAAUUUUUUUGGGGAAUGUAAUUAUUUAAAAAUGCCAUUCAGAAAUUAAAAAAUCAUUGGAAUCAGAAA